GUUUUGCUUCAGGUACCAUUUACGAUCUUUUUUCUGUUUUGUUUCUAUUUCCUUCUUCUUCUCGGUAAAUAACUUUUUUAUUCUUUCGCUCUUCCGUUCGAAUUUCACGGCGUUUAUAAUGAACGAUCUGCAAACAAAUGCAAUGAACACGAGCCAUUUUGGCACUCCAUGCAUGAACAAAGCCAACCAUGGCUACGCCGAAUAUCCCGGGUUUCCGUUUCACGGCCUAACAUGCAAUUACAGUCACGAAGAGAAAGAUCCAAACUUUCCACCCCCUUUUUAUACCUCUGGAAAAUUAUCUUAUUCUGAAUGUCAUGAACCAAAGGAAACAGCCGACUACUUUAACUUUCGACCACUAGCAUCUCUACAACGCAAGGACCGCUGUGAGAAAAGAGAAUCGUAUCACUGGAACGAAAUGAACCCACCGAAACAAACAUUCUCAGACGUUUCUCCUUUUGAUAUAACCAACACAUCGAGAGAAGAACUGAUUCAACAAGCGGUGUGGCGAUUACGCGGUCGAUUGCUCGAAGAAGGACUCGCGGAUAUGGUCAGCCAAGUAGUGACGUUGCAAGCCAAAUUGGAAACGUUGCGUUUGGAAGCAUCCGCCAGCUUGGAUGCGAUAUAUAACCUCGAUAAACGAGAGUGUUCACCGGGACAGUUGGAUGUCUUUGAACGCCGCUUAUCAACCCAUCAAAAGCAACUUCGAGAGUUUCUGAUCAGCAACCCGCAUAGCAGUAUACAACCGGACACACCCGCUUUAUCGUCGACAGCAUACACACCCUCGGGAUUUUUCACAAGAUUAUCAAGGAUGUCCUCCCUAUUCAGUCGGAAUAAACGCUCGGAAAGCGACACGGGAAGCCGUUACCAGAACGACGAUGCUGUGUCCAACACAUCAUACGAGACAAUAACAAAGAGUGAAACAGGGAACAACCAUCACAUGUAUGAACGAAAGGAUGACCGUCGUCAACGAGUUAAACAGUUCCGGCAACAAUAUCAAACACGAACACGAACACGAACACGAACACAAACGUCCGACAGCAUAGUUUGUCGAGAUUUGAAAUGGCACGAAGAAAAGAUCAGCCCUGUUGUAAAGUCUUCCGACAACGCACAGAUGCAAUAUACCCCUGAAACUCCGGGCCCUACGAAAAGUAAAGCCAUUUUUCAUGAUGCUACGGAAAGCUGUGAGACAGAUGACGACUCCAAAAUGGACAUGCAAUCAUUGUAUUCUACCGACAUUCCAAAUUCCCCUAUUCCGUCAGCCCUUCCUCGAUACUGUAAUGACGACGCAACUUGUCGCAAAGAUAUGGAAUCAAUGGGAGCAAGUUAUCACUAUAACGAUUCGAUUUCGUUGGAGCCGUACCCGGAGGAAGCAAGUUUUAUCGGAAAUGGUGGUGAUUCAGGCCUUUCACUCAUUCAUCCAACGAUGUGUUCUGUGUCGAAACAUGCUGGAUCGGAGGAACGAAAUGCACUCGAUGAACUGCUAAGUUUCUUGGACCAAUACAAUCUACGUGAUGAACACGCAUCUUUCUAUGAAGCAUCGAUCCUUAGAAACGACGAUAGGCCUUCCCAAAAUUAUAGAAAUUCGGUUCGAGGUUCUCGUUUGACGGGAAAUGAGACUUUGUUUGGUGGCGUCAAAGCAUGGAUCUGGUCAUCGUGUAUGUCGCUCGUCAAUCGAAGUCUAAUAUGGUAUCGAUUCCUUAUAAUCCUAAGCGUAGCCUAUACUAUCAGCUUAGUGCGGGGUCCCGGUGACCUUCAGUGUGGGUCACACUUCAUCUUGUAACCUACGCGAAACACAGCUACGUCAGACCAUGCCUUGUUGCGAGGAAGAUUUACCAUUGUUUUAUCAUUUGCCAUUUAUCAUGUAUCUAUACCAUAUCCAUCAUUCUUCAUCAUGCCGUAACUGAAAAACAUCUAAAAUACAAUAUUGCCG